UGGCAUUCCUCAAUCGACCCGAAAUGCUGAAUUCUCGUAUACUCAAACUUCCUCCUAAAACAUACAGCACAGGCGUCCAUCGUUAUAGCACGAGACGAUGCAGCCCUAGUAAGGGGGAACAUGUCUGUGUCCUCAGACGUCAAUGCCUGUGCUUCCUCUUUGGGCCCCUAUUCAUCCAUGGACUUGGUUCAUCCACCCUUUUGUUGUUGCCUGUUCCUUAUAGAGGAUACCUCUUCAGUGGCCCCUUUUCUACAAGAGCAGAAACCAAACAAUGCCUGUCUGUAGCCCGAUCUGUCUCUUGCUUUCUGAACAAGCGUUUCGGAUAAUAUUUACCCCAGUAUCUAUAUUACUUCCCUACUUCUUAUCUUACCACAGUCCUGCAUAUCCCCAUAGCCAAAAAGAUAUUUCUCUUCCUGAUCGCUGCAGAAGCAUCUAUCAAGAGAAACAAAAGAUAAAGAACUCCGGUACAGGGAAUCGAACCCUGGGCUCCGCGGAACUAAUCCCUCAGGUUUUGAGAGCGCGAAAUGUUAGCCACUACACCAUACCGGAUGCUGAUUUGUUGAAGUCUCGACUUCCAAUCGGGCGACAACAGCAUGGUGGUGCUGGAUGGGUGGUGACGACUAGAUUUCGUCUUUGCUGGCAGCUAGCUGUUGUGUCUCUGCUAGACUCGAAUGCAACAUGCAGUGAUCGAUCAUCACAGGCGGCGUUGCAUGAAGAUAUGGGGCAGUCGCAAAUAGGUGACAUUUACAAGUUGUUGAUCCUGAUUCCGGUCCAAGAGAGGAUUCGUAUCAUCAUACAGGAGGGUAUGCGGAAAGAGAUUCAGGACGAGUUCCAUGUCGAGUGACGGUGUUGUCAUAUCACGACGUAAAUAGCCGUUUAUGUUGGUUCAUUGCAUGCAGUAUAGAUAUAGAUUAGUGAGUAUAGAUUGACGAAAGGGCUUGUGCUCCAAAUCUGACUUCUGUUUAUUUUCA